GGGAGUAGUUUUAUCAUCCGACCGGAAUAUUCAGAAGAGGGAACUAUACGACCGGGCUCAUACAGAGUACUCCCUCAUUUGUAUACCGACCUUCGUCAAAUCAACCAACAGGGCACAGGCAGCGGCUCAAACUUCCGAACGAAAUCGCAUAAAAGGAAAUCAUGGGCGGUAGAAAGUCGAAGAAAAUAGCUAUCACCGCCGAAUUCUGAUCGCACUCUGUCCACCCUUCCGUUCCUUGAUUUUAUCUAGGUUGUCAAGAGAUAUCUAGUGCAAUUGGUUAUAGUAGGGCCACUGGAUGUUAAAGCUGAAAAAGAGCCAUGAGUUUUGAUCUGGUGGAUAUUAUACCGCGGGAUGUCAGAUUCACAUUUGAACCAAGGAAGCAAAGUUCAUGCUCUAUCCGCCUAGCCAAUAAGUCUGACAAGUGUGUUGCUUUUAAGGUCAAAACUACGAAUCCAAAGAAGUAUUCUGUUCGGCCAAAUGUGGGAAUCUUUAGUCCUAAGGCAUCACGUGAUUUCACAAGUAAUAUCCUUGUAACUACUUAUUAUCUCGUUCUUAUAGUAAUGUAGACAUGUAGUCUACCAAAAUUCUAACUGGACUUCUUAUAUAGAGUUGUGCAAGUACUGAAGCAAUUGAAAAAGCCCCACCAGACUAUAUCUGUUAAUAUUUUUACUCCCUCCGUCCCUCUUCAAUCUCCCCACAUUGACUUGGUACAAGUAUUUAGGAACGUGAUAAAUAUUGUUGGCUUUACUAAAAUGCCCUCCCCUAAAUCCAAAUGCUCACCUUAAACACUCCUCCAAGGCUCCACACCGCCUCACAAGUCAUGUCAGCCUCCCCCUCCCCCACCACGGCCACCAAAUGCUUCCGUCAUCGGUGAUGCCUCCCACCAUGCCGGUGGAAGGGAGUAUUUCUGUCAUCGGACGCCUCAGGUCAGUCGCU